GUAGAAAAAGACAAAUAAAAAAAAGCACCCGAAUUCGGACCAAACCCUAACCCUAACCGGACCCAAGAAAAACCCAGUGAAAGGUCAUCCUUUUCCACCACGCCCUCGUCUCGGCCCCGCUCUCCGCUCUCGCUCUUCCCCUGCUGCAGUGCUGCUCCUCCUCCCUCUCUCUCUACUUCGACUACUGAGCUCUCUCCCUCUUUGACUUUACUGUUUCUCUCUCUAGGAUUUAGCUUCUAUCCUUUCUUUGUCGCCAAUCCCGUUCGUUUGGAAAUACAGCCGCCGUCAAUGGAGGUUUUGGGCAGUGUGAGCUCUGCGGAGAAGAGGGCCGAGUGGGUUUCCUCUGUUGUGGAAGCUAUGGUGGUGGAAGCUGCCGUUGCUGCUGAAAAGGCUCUUGCUUGCCUGCUCUUUAUGGUACGACUCAUUGGAUGGAGAUAAACCCUUGUUCCUUUUUUUACCCCCUCUCAAUGUGUAUAUAUUUGUGAGGUUUAGUGCUCUUCUGUACUUGUUGGUGGUGCUUUUUGCUAUUUAUUUUUGUCUGGUUGGUACUAAUGUUCUCGUUUGUUGUGGCUGUGGUAUUGUCUUUGGUGUUCUUUGUUGGUUGUUUGACUUGUGAAUGGUGGAGGCUGGAUCACUGGUCGUUGAAGCUGAGGCAUUGGCCAAUCUGACUGCUGUAGAAGAGAGGUUUCCUUUUAGCAAGCUUCACGAGAAGGAAUGCUCCAACACAGAAGAAAACAAAGAUGCCAGUGACACCGAGGACGAUGGUGAAGAUGACGAGGACGACAAUGCAGAGGAUGAUGAUGAUGACGACGAUGCUGGUGACGAGGAUUUCGCGGGUGACGAAGGAGCAGACCCGGAAGACGACCCUGAAGCUAAUGGCGCUGGAGACUCCGAUGAUGAUGAGGAGGAGGCUGAUGACGACGAUGAUGAUGAGGAUGAUGAUGAUGCCGAGGAUGACGACAAUGAUGAUGAGGAAGAUGAGGAGGAAGAAGAUGAUGAUACUCCUCAGCAACCACCAGCGAAGAAGAGAAAAUGACUCGAGGAGUGAGUUGGCAAACGCGAGGGAAAGAGAGGGACAGUAUGCUGUUGUUUAUUUUUACUUUCGGUUUGAUCUUUCCCUCUGUCAAGAGUAGUUAGGUUUCCUAGGAGGAGGGAAGAUUGAGUUCAUGUCAGGGUCUGGAUAGGGUUAGUAGAGUCUCCUUUCUUCAUGGAUCGUGGUUGACAUGGUUAUGGCUUCUGUUGGUGUGCUGCUGAUGCUGAUGCCCUUCUGUUGUUACAGAUUAUUAUUGUGGUGUAUAAUGUUUUCCUAUGUUGUCUCUGUGUCACUCUGAUUCAUUCUCCCUCUUCUCAUAUUAACUUUGACUUGCAACUCGAAC